UAUGUUCCGCACAAAUGACAAUUUUGCUUCUGAAACUAUCAAGAAAACAGGCGGAAGUAAAACUACUGUAUGGACACUACUCAGUGUAGUCAAAUUUUUGAAGUGCUUUGGACUGUUCCUUUCUUACGAUGUCCUGAAAGUCUUGAAAUUGCCGCAAUAUCUUUUUGGCGUACAAUUACUGUCUUCUGUUGUCUUAGUGAGCCUGCAAAGACCAUUUGCUGCCAAACGGCUGACAACAUCACAGCUUCUCAAGAUCUUCAGACAUGCCAUCAUCAGUACUUUUAUUCUCAUGAUAUGGUCUUUUUCUUUUACGAUGUGUGGACCAUUGCGGUCGGUCCUUAUUUUCGAGCUAAGUGACACUGUGGUUCUCAGUGCAGUAGGUGCUUUGUUCAAAUCAGAGACAGGUUCCAAAGCUAAGGGACGAGCAUUGCUAUGUCUUGGGGUCGGGGUAAUCACACUGCUCUUUUUCGACAAUGAUAAUGCAGAUAAGCUUCCAAAACACCCUGAAGGCCACCAUACCAAUUACUUUACACAUUUCGUUUAUUCUGUUUUGUCCGUAACAGGAUUUUCAGACCAUAAAAUUGGCAUAAUUCUCAUGUGCGGAGCGAUGUUACUCUCAGUCAUGUUCAAAAGUCAUGAGAAGAAAUUAGCUAUUGAGGUAGGAGGGGCUAAGUACUUGAACUCAGUUUCGACUACAGUCUCGACAGCAAUUCUGUUUCCUCUGCUAUUGGUAUCAUUUGGCACAGAAGAAAAAGGCGUGUUCUCAUUUGUUCAUGUUUUUCUGCUGCUGAUAAUUAUAGCGUUUCUCUCGUUUAUUAUUCCGUUUUACGUCGAGUCGUAUGUGAAUAAAGUUGACCCAGUAAAUAGCCCGUCCACUGGAACAGUUUACAGUAUAAUAGCGGCUGUUGCCAUUGGAAUUGUUUGGACGAGACCUUAUACUGCGUCAGUUAAACAGGUGACGCAGUUUGAAGGGCUAACCGAGGACCAUCUGGUUUCGCUGGGUGUAAUAAUUGCAGGCGUGUUGUUUAUUGUAGCGUCGCUCGCUCUGUCGGGAGAUAGCAAAAACCCUUCAAAAGGAAGCUUCAUUGGAUAUGGAUCGGACGGGCAUCCUAUUUACUCAUACGCGAAUCAGGCGUUUAUGAAAACCACAUAUUCAGUCAAGACAGUAAUCAAAAAAGGACUACAACAAAUUAUAAGUGAAAAAGAUUCAAGGCAAAUAUUUUAUUUCUUGUGUGUAAAUCUAGCUUUUACGUUUGUCGAAUUAAUAUACGGCGUUUGGACAAACAGUUUGGGUCUGAUUUCGGAUGGCUUCCAUAUGUUAUUUGACUGCUCUGCUCUGUGUUUGGGACUUUUUGCAGCCGUGAUGUCUAAGUGGAAGGCCAACAGCGAGUAUCCCUACGGAUAUGGUCGAAUUGAAGUCCUAUCUGGCUUCGUCAAUGCUCUUUUUCUUGCAGUCAUUGCAUUCUUUGUGCUAACGGAAUCCCUGGAACGAUUGUUUGAUCCGCCGAAAGUCAACACCGAUCGACUUUUAUUCGUUUCAGUUGCUGGUCUUCUGGUAAAUUUAUUCGGAAUCUUUGCGUUCCACGAAGCACAUCAUCAUGCACAUGGCGGAGGUUGCUCUCAUGGCCAUAGUCAUGGUGCAUCCCAUGGUCAUGAUCAUUCUCAUGGAGAUGGCCAUGACCACGACCAUCAUGAUCAUGACCAGGAUCACGGAACUACUUCGACGGCGUCGAACACAAACAUGAAAGGGGUUUUCCUCCAUGUUCUAGCAGAUACACUUGGAAGCUGCGGAGUAAUUGUUUCGUCACUACUCAUCGAGUACUUCGGAUGGAACAUUGCCGACCCUAUUUGCUCUCUAUUCAUCGCAGUUCUGAUAGGCUUGUCUCUGAUUCCUCUUCUCACUGAAACAGCCAAGAUACUGUUGAACUGUGUUCCAUCUGAAAUGCAGGCCGAUUUGAACGCCGCUUUACUCAAAAUCCAAAACGUAGACGGUGUUCUGGGAUUUAGCGACGUACAUUUUUGGAGACAUUCUUCAGCUCUGGUGUGUGCGACUCUGCAUGUUCAAGUGGAGCCUUCUGUAGUUGAGCAGAGAAUUAUACAACAAGUGGGUGCAAUUUUAAGAGGAGCGGGGGUGGGGGAUGUUGCAAUUCAGGUGGAGAAAGAAGAGUUUUAUCAUCACAUGUCGGGACUGAACAACCAGCUGAUCACGGCGAACAAAUGGCCGACUUCAUUCCAGUCAAGAAAUCCUAAUAAGCCAUUGAGUAGUCUCUAAAUUAGACCGAAAUCCAUUUUGGUGGUACAUAACUUGUUAGAUGUUAUUAAAUGUACUAUAUUUGAAUCAAAUUGUAAAACAAUGGCAACUAUUUAAAUGUUAAAUGUUUUUUUUUUUAAUGGUGUCAAGUCUUAUUUGUAUGAAGGUUACAAAAUUCAUUGGCUGUAACAUAA